AUGGCAAUCUGCGCUGCCUCUGACUCUGGCGUUGGAAGACUUCCAUAUGGACCUUCCUUAUACUGUGGCUGCGACCCAGAUGGAGGAUUGGCGCCUGAAUCUGACAAGACUGCUAUCUGGCGACCUACUUUCUUAUUUCAGGCGGCGCCGAAGACCAGGUCUGACUUUAUAGACGCCUCUCCCAACCCUUACAGGGGAAGACCAGCUGCAUUCCGCUCCGCCCCCGCUCCUGCAGAGGAAGACAGCCCAGGCGAUCAUCAAAACCCCGCGCCAACUGAGCCCGUUCCCGAGCCACCUCCUGCUCCUCCUGAGCUCUGGGAGAGAGUCUCCGAAUUAGAGCUGCAACUGAACGACCCUGCCCAAGCCAGUUAUGCUUUGCGAGCAGAGAUUCAAGCCCUAACCAAUCAGACCGACCGUCAGAAACGGUCCCUGAUACAGGUGAAAGAUGAGCUCCGAGCUAUGAGGGAGGAGAGAGCUGCAUCUGAGGCAGGGUAUCAGCAACAGCUAGCCCAUCAGGCUCGGGAAAUACAGUCCAAGGAUACUCUUCUGCAGGAGAAGAACAAUAAACUGGAGGUUCAGGCGGCACAGUUGGAGACUCAAGGGGCUGAGCUGGAGGCCCUGAGGGCGGAACUAUCCCAGUCUCGGGCGGCUUUGACAGGAGUAUCCACUGCCCUGGCGGUCUAUCAAGAAGGAGAGGAUGAUCAUUGCCUGCGAAGUCAAAGGUCCUAUCUGAGCUCUCCUGAAUUUUUAUCCCAGGCUGGGGCACGCUUUGCUGCGUCCGUACCAUACACGGCGGCUGGAGUUAUCAGGCAACUGCAUGCACAAGACUUCUUGAGGCCUCCAACCUGGCAGCUGUUUGUUCACGGAUUUCGUUGA